CGUAUCUUCAGAGUGAAUGCAUGCAGCGUCAUUCAUGCAAGGAUAAGAUCAUCGGCGUCGUAAUCAGUGUAAGUCGACUUUCUGCGGGGUCAUUGACAUUGUUCCUCUUACAUCUCAUGCAUGUCAAAGAGCGGUUCUGACAUUGUUGCUUCAGUUUGUCAUAAAGUCGCAUCGGGAUAGUAUUACGGCACAGAUCACAAUGAGCACCUCAGGCUUUCCUGUAGAAGGAUCACCACAAUCCUACUGGCAGCAUGAAGCCCAGCAGCCAGAAAUACCUUCACAUACCGGACCUCUCCCCAGCUCAUGUGAUGUGGCGAUUGUCGGCGGUGGGUAUGCAGGCAUUGCUACGGCAUACCACAUCUUGAAGACGACCUCUCCACCAUGCAAUGUGUUUCUCUUGGAGGCAAAGGAUCCAUGUUCCGGAGCUACAGGACGGAACGGAGGACACCUGCGCCCUGACUAUCUGAUGGGAGCUGCGAGAAACUGCAAGAAAUACAAUGCCUCUGCAGCAGCCGAGAUCGUGCAGUUUGAAGCUCGCCAUCUAGACGUGAUCAAGUCUCUUAUCAGGUCGGAGGCUAUUGACUGCGAUUUUGCGGAGACGAGGAGUCUCGCUGUUCUCACUACACUGGAGCAAGUUUCCAUGGUGCGCGAGGCAUAUGAGGGCUUGAAGCAAGCAUCGUCUUUCAGUGAUACCCUGCUGGAUGUGAUAGAGUUCUACGAGGGUGAUGAUGCGCCCCAACGUACAGGAUUGCGAGACGCAAAGGGCUAUUUCUCCACGCCCGCGGCUCGGGUAUCGCCCUACAAACUUCUCACGUCUCUGUUGGCGCGCUGUGUUGACAUGGGACUCUCGCUGAGGACCCAAACUGCGGUUGUAUCAGUUGAGCACGCUGGAUCAGACGGUCAUACCCUUAUGAUGCGCUCAGGAGAGACAAUGACAGCUCAAAAAGUCGUCAUCGCCACGAACGCCUACACCUCUGCAAUUCUUCCCGAGUACGCGAGUUCCAUCGUGCCAUGCAAGGGACUCGCAUGCCACAUCAUUGGCCCCAAGGGUAAGCCACUGCCAAAGCUUCUGGCCGCAAGUUGUGCCAUAAUGGAACAAGACUCAGUCUCCAACAAGACGGGCUAUAACUAUAUGGUACAACUAGAGGACAACAGCAUCGUUCUCGGCGGCGCUCACCACAAGUAUGACGGGAAUGACCUAGGGAGCUGGUACAACAACGUCAACGACACGCAGCUCAUUGAGCCGGCGCGGCGGUACUUUGAGGCUGACUACAUGCAGAGGACGUUUGUCGGGUGGGAGGACUCAGGCGCGUGUGUUGACCGUGUUUGGACGGGGAUCAUGGGGUAUAGUACUGAUUCACUUCCUCAUGUGGGAGAGGUUCCUGGUAGAGAUGGGGUAUUUAUAAUUGCUGGGUUUCAUGGGCAUGGAAUGCCUGUUAUCUUCUUGGCCGCAGAGGGUAUUGCAGCCAUGACCCAGGGGCUGGCGUACGAGAAGACAGGACUGCCGUCCUUGUUCAAGACCUCUAGAGACAGGCUGGAGUCAGAGAGAAAUGAUAUCCUCGCUGGUAGAGGCAUCCGGUCGACUAGGGAUUAGAACUUGGCGAUUUAUAUAAGGACUCAAUAUGAUUGAUGUAAGGGUGAGAUAGCUCUUCUGUAAGCCCCUGUCUUUCUGAUCCCUCUGAUCACCAAUCAAUCAGUCUCAAGUCUCCUCCAUAUCUAUAGCCGGCCUCCUUUCUUUCGAAGGCCUGUUCAAGGUCCGCAAUGAUAUCCCUUACAUCCUCUAUCACAGGCGAUAAUCCCACGAGAUCCUAGGAUGCUCUGAGUGCGCAAUGGCGGCGAGGGCCUCGAAGUCUUGGACGGAGAACAUGGGGUUCGCAAGAGACUCGGUGAAGAUGAACUUGGCUCUGUCGUCAAUAAGAAAUUUGGCUGCUCAAGAUCGUUUGGAUCACAUUAUCGUGACUCGAUUCAUCAUG